AUGAGAACUGCCGGGGGAACGGUUGCCUUUGACGGCUACGUAGGAACGGAACAUGCGGACGCGGGGAAAAAGUGGAGGGAGAAAAACCACGAUGUGAAAAGGUCGUCUCCGCACACUGCGUUGUCGCCCGCGAUGGAACAGAGUCUGUCGCCGCCUGGAGACCUAAACCGCUUUGGUUCACCUCGAGCAAAACAAGACACUGACGGGUUCAACGGAGGCGUCCCUUCUACCAGCUCCAGCGCCUCCAUCUCGCCGGAGUCUGUUUUUUUCGCCUGCGAGCGCAGAAACCACGACCCGACCAAUUCCUCAAGCGACGCAGUGGAGCCAGCAACUGCCGUCCCUACAAACCGCUCGCUGAGCCCUCAGAAUCGCGAGGGUUUCAGUCCCCCACGGUCAGUGCAGGGUCACAGUGGAGGCGAACUGGAUCCUGCAGAUGGGUGUGAACCCCACUCGUCACGAAACAGGUACUCCGUGCCUUGCAGCGGGUAUGCAGCAAGGCCGGAGUGUUCAGCUGCCUGUCCUGGGAAGGUGAGGCGAGACGGUUUGGGGAAGGACGUGGGAAAAGGCGAAGGCCCGAGAAUGCAAGCCGAGUCGUGGGUAGCCAGCGAGGGCCUCCACGCGGGUCUCCAAGGCGCAGAGACGGACAGCCCGCGAACUGCCUGGAGCUGCGAAGCGUCGGAAACCAGUGAAGCCUGGCGGUGGUCCAACUCCAGAACGCGCAAGUGGGCACCAGCAGUCGGCGUGAGUUUCUUUGGGCUCACCUGCAUGGCCGGAACGAGUUACGGGAGUCUGACUUGCUACCUGGCAUCCUACCUGCGCCAGGUUGGACUGCAGAACGUGGGGUUUCAAGAGAUGCUUCUCGUGUGUGCUCUCCACGGAGCUCUUCAAGCGCUGGCGACGCCUCUUUCGGUCAAGUUGCUUUCCUUCCUGUCGCUGCCUCUCUCCGCCCUCCUCUCCGGCUGGCUCGUCACCGCCUCUCUCCUGCUCUCCGCCUUUCUCCUUUCCGCCGACAUUCUUGUCGCGCACCCUUUCCUGUUCUACUGCGUCUACGCCGGCGUGGGCGGCCUCGGCGGCGGCCUCCUGCACGGGCUACCCCUCGGCGGUCGACAGCGGCCAGGCUUCUGUGCCGGGGAAAGAAAGGCAGGAUGCAGCGUGUCCGCAAGCGUGGCACCGGCGCGCCCUUCCGAGCCACCGGGCUUCGGGGGGCCGGUCCCCUCGCGAGGGCAGGCCCCCUUUUCGCGGAAAAUCCUUGGCGAAGACUCGUGGCGACUGCGGGAGCGCUUUUAUCUCCAGGACGAAAUUCUCGCGCGGCUCCCUCUCCUGCUCAUGGGCACAGCCACUGCUUUCGCCAUCGUGCAAUUCGUGGCAUCCUUUCUUUUGCAACCACGCGAGAGGGCCUGGGAAUCCGAAUGCCUGCCUGGAGAAUUCAUCGGAUGCGAGGUUUCCGUCGAGGAACAGUCGCCGCUUGUCACACAGAGUGCCCCGCAGAUGUUCUACGGAGAGGAGAGGACGCCAGCAGCGGCGCACACAUCUAGACUAAGUGUUGUGGUAUCAACGAUGAACCAGGCUGGCAAUGAGGCUUCCUCUGACCCGUUCAUGACACCAAGUCACCGCGAGGCUGACUCCUUCACUUGCGUGCUCGUUGCAGUGGUAACUGCGAUUCAAGGAAUGGCGUUUUUCCUUGUCCAGGCUUCGUGGCGGUUUGUUGGACAAGAAGACUUCCAGAUUUCUGACCACGGCGUCUCAUACAUCAAUGCAGGCUCAGUGGCGCUCCUUUUUCUCUUCUCUGUCUUCAACGCGCCUUUCUUUGCUCUGAAAGAUAAACUUCCCGACGCUCCCCCUUUCCACAGAGAAGGCAACCACACGCAUCUCUCCAGCAGAACGAGAGGCGUAGUGCCCAGUGUACUGCCCUGGCUAUGGUGCUUGUCCGGUCUCGUACUCGCCAGCGAAGGAGUUGUUGCGUCUCUCGCAAAGGCUUGGUCCACAGGAGGCAGCGAGGCACUCAUCCGAGACACUGUGCGCGUUGGGUGGUUUGAGAGAAGUAAUCCUCUAACGACGUACGGGCUUUUCUUCCUAUGGCUUUCCGGAGUGCGAAUAUUGGAUGCGUGGACAACCUGGCUAGCCUUUCCGUAUGCUCAAAGUGUACUGAAGCUGCCUCCGUCAAGGCUACUGGUCCUCCUUUGCUCCGCGAAGGCAGCAGGCGCGGGCGCUCUUGCGUGGCUCUCAUCCACUGCGGGUGUCUACUCAACCCACGGAAUUGGUGGCCUGUGUGGUGUGGCGGGAGGCUCUCUGGUCCUUGCAGGCUUGGCUGCUCGUGCUCUUCACUGCUGUGGCCGCACCCCUCAGAAGGCGCCGAUGGCUGCAACAUAG